AUGAAGGGACAACUUAAAGAACUUGACUUUUACAAAAGUGAGGUCAAGACACUUCGGGCUGAGGUAUUGGAGCUGCGACAAGUACUAGCGGACAAAGAGCAGCGGCACUUCUUGAAGGACGUGGAGAUCACCGGCCUCACCGAGUCAAACGGCGAGAACCUCACUCAGGUGGUGAACGUCCUGAGCAACAAGCUCGGAGUGCAGCUGGACCCGCGCGACGUGGACGACGUGAGGCGAGUCGGAGCGCGAGGCGGCGGCGGCGGCAGCGGCGGCGGCAGCGGAGGCGCCGGCGCGGGCGCGACGGAGCGGCCGAGACCGGUGGUGCUCACGUUCACGCGGCGCGCGCCCCGCGAUCAGCUGCUGCGCGCUGCCAAGGUGCGCCGCGGACUCACUACAGACAUGCUUGAGUUAGCGGGAAACUCUCGCCGAGUUUACGUAAAUGAACACCUUACUAGGGAAAAUAGAGUUCUUUUCAGCAAAGCUAGGGCCUUGGGGGCUGAACUCAAGUUCAAGUAUGUGUGGACAUCAAACGGCAAUAUCUUCAUGCGUCGCUCAGAAACGAGUUCUGUGCUUCGCGUUACAUCCGAAGCUACUCUUGAAAAGCUUGGGAAAGAGUUGCCUCAGAAAAACGAGCCCUUUCCAUUUCAGAACAAUACCAAUUAG